CAGGGUACGCGUUAUAGAUAAUAUAUGGAUGGAUGUUGCUUCUUCGACCUGAAAUGACUUAAAACUGCUGCAAACUGCUCUACUCCACGUCUAGUGGACAGGCCGUUUGUUGCGUCCUAUGACUGGGGGGGAGGAAGGAGGGGCCGAUGAACACACAAACGCGCGCGCGCUUUCGCUCGCGCACAGACAGCAACCCCUACAAGGAAGAUGGAGGACGGUGUGGCAGCGUUGGAGCGGCGGUCCAGCCUGCAGCAUCAUUACUGUUGAAGGCCGGUCAGUGCUUUGUGGUGUUUAAUGCCUCCAGCUUCUGAGUGACCAAACACACCUGAUCCAGUCUCUUCACAACAGUCUUUGUCCUGACCUCAUAUGGACACCUGCUACCAAUGGACUCCUAAAACCUUCUCUGACAGUUAAAACAACCAGAACCAGACAACUAUGAAUCCCCAGGAGACGGAGCUUGGCCAAGAGGUGAUGAAGGAGACCGAUGCUCCUCCUCGCCAUCGUCACAGCAACCACAACAGCCGGUCUCGUAACUACAGCAACCAAGAAAAGCGCUACAGACGCUGUGAGGCCCUGGCGGGAGGAGGUGCUGGUGGCAGAGCCAGGGUAUCACAGCAGCGUAGGCCACCGGAUGAGCAGGACAUCGAGCUACAACAGGGAGCUCAGUCUCCCCAGCCCCAACAGCCACAGCCCAUUCCUCGACCUGCAGUGACACGUUAUCGCAGACAGGGGGACAGCGAGGCUUGGAUCAGAGCUCAGCAACAGAGGCACAGACAGAGGCAGCAAAGAGAGGCAGAGAGAGCACAACACUUAGCACAACAACAGGAGAACCAGCACCACAUUGAGAUGAGCCAGGAAGAUGAACGAGAGAGGGAUGAUUCAGUGCUGGCCCGCUCAGCAAGCACUGAGAGUGGUUUUCACACCCAUACUGACCGGGCUGAGGGUGAUGAUGGCCUGGUGAUGAUGUCUCUUGAACCUGAGGGACAGCCAGAGACGGAGGAUGAGGCAGGGACCUAUAGACUCCAGCUACGGUCCGAGGCAGAGGGGUACACUGAGAGUGCUGAGGCUGAACAGCAGCAUCUUCAUCCACAUCCUAACUUUCUUCCUCAGCCUUCGCCCAUGCCACACAAACCCCUGUCUGAUAUCGAACACUCCCAGAGACAGGAUGAAACAAAGGAAAUGCUGAACACUGGCUACUCCAAC